UUGGGUCUUCAUGCAUAGUUGCUCACUCACUUGCUGCAGAUUGCCCAACAAAUGGUGACAGGAAAGGCCUCAGCACGUGCUUCCACUGCUUCUCAUUUUUAAUCAAUUUUGGUUGCUUUGUGUACCUCUGUGGGGGAAGCUGUGAGCAAUGGAAAGCAAUAACAGUGAAAACUGCACUAGUUUCCAAGUUAAGCUCUUGCCCCCAUUAUUUGGAAUAGAAUUUUUCGUGGCGCUGGUGGGGAAUUUGUUUGCGCUAUGUCUGCUCCUCAUCAAAGAGAGGAAAAACUGGCAUACCGGAGUGGUGUUCUCCUUUAACCUGGUUAUCAGCGAUGUUCUCUACGUCCUCACACUGCCUCUUCUAAUCGUUUACUACGCCCGCAAGAGGGAUUGGACCUUCGGUGCUGCCAUCUGCAAAAUGGAACGCUUCCUUUUCACGUGCAACCUGUACGGAAGCAUCUUCUUCAUCAUGUGUAUUAGCGUGAACAGAUGGGUGGCUAUCGUUCAUCCUUUCUUCACGCGCAGCUAUGUGCGACCAAAACAUGCCAAAAUUGCUGGUGUCCUGGUCUGGGUGGCAGUGAUUGCAAUCUCCUCUCCGAUCGCGGUGUUCGCGGACACCUGUACUUCGAAUCACCACGGAAAAUUCAACUGCGUGUCCUGCUGCAACGAUAAGCUUAAGAAAUCCCACUUCAAAUACAAACUGUUUUUAGCCGUGAUGGGAUGCAUGGUCCCUUUACUAGUGACUUUUUCAUCAUAUGUCAGUUUGAUUUGGGUAAUUUACAAAAGUUCAAAUAUAACAUUGUUGGAGAAGAGAAAGGUAGCACUAAUGGUGGUCUCCGUCCUUGUGCUGUACCUGAUUUCUUUUGUUCCCUACCAUAUUCUACAAAUGAUUUUCUCGUACAAUAGGAUCCACGAAAAAGUAGAUUGUUUGGUUUACUCCUUAUAUCAAGUGAGCAAAGGUUUAGUGACGCUGAACAUGUGCAUACACCCUAUACUCUACAUGGCAGUGUUUGACAGCAUCAGGGUGGCCUGUUGUGGGGAGAGUACUGAAUCGGAUGAGUCUUAGCCAACUGUAGGCUAUUCACUUUUUUUCUGGUGUCAUUGAAUCCAAUGUGAGAUCAAAUGGUUACAUUCUUAAAACGCUUGUGUUUUUGUAACAGUUCAGAUAGGGACAACACAGUUUGUGUUAUUUUUAACACAUCCGUUUUAAGAGUGUACUAGGCCUCUGUUUAUGUAGGGCAUAGGCUACUCAUAGGUUAAAACUGCAUAAUAGGCAUUCUCAUUGUCAAUAAAGAGCUAACAAGACCCUA